UUUACACAAGAACUUUAUUAGACUUAUAAAACAAAAAGAGCAGGCACAACACAAUGGGAUUGCUGAAUAAAAUAAUUAGGCGAAUGAAACUGUCACACCAAUAUAGUGUACCGUCGGCGAGUGUAAUUGAUACAACCAUCAUUGACCGAUAUCUUGCCGCUGAUAAGAACUGCACUUCACAGCCAGAGUUCAAAAUAUCUGUCGACAACACUAUACGUGCACAGCAACUUGAAGAUCCAACCGAUACAACUAGCCGAAAACUAACCCCAAACUACCUCGUUGCUACGAGUGAGAUAGUGGCCGACCACUCUCAAGCGGUCCGCGCGUGCUCUUUGCCGCCCAAACUCAGCACACCAUCGCAUGCCUCAUCGAACGCCUUACAAACAAAGCGAAAAUGGUCAAAACUGUUGGAGCUGCCAAGAAUAACUCGUGUCAGCCUCAAAGUAACCUUUUCUGAGACAAUAUGUACGGAGGGCGAAACCUACUCCAAGGAUGUGUAUGACCGGUCUCCGAUGCUUCUGGAACAGGUGUCGUCAUUGAUGGGUAUUUAUACCGAGUUUAUGAGGUUCAAACUCUGCGAGAUGUUAAUCCAUGAACAGUCUUUGCAGUAUGUAAAUAAGCACAUCAAUCGAGCAUCUCCAGACCGGAGGCGAGAUAUGACUAACGCCAUCGUUAUGAUAUUGCAGGAGUUUCGUUCUAGCCAGCCAUGUUAAUUUAAGUCGUAAUAAAGCAUACCACGAGGUAUAUCAGAUCAUCGAAGAUAUAUAUACACGUGCACUUAAUUUCUGUCACUUUUAUGGUAUGAUUAGAAGUUGGGGCUGUCACUUUUACCGAUUCUGCAUAUUUUGCAUGUAUUUGUGAUACUGCAUACAUUAUCUAUAUCAGGUAUAUUUGAUUCGCCUACUAUUACAUCGCCUGUCACCGUCAUUCGAGAAAAGAUAGAGAAAGAAAACUGUAUACAUGCAGG